AUGGAAGUGGAUGGUGCGAAAACUUGCUGCUGCAUUACCAGUUUGGCUCCCACGGUGAACGCGCGCAUUGGAGGAUCGCGAGUCGAAGGAUAUAAUCGACAGAUCUUCUAUACACGAGCAUUCUACCUCCGUGCCAAGGGUAACAACUUCAAGAACAAGAAACAUCUUAUGGAGUACAUCUUCAGAAAGAAGAGUGAGAACAAGCGUGCUAAGCAACUCGCUGAUCAAGCUCGAGCAAGACGUGACAAGAACAAGGAAGCCCGUAAGAGACGAGAAGAGCGACAACAUGCCAAGAGAACGGAGCUUCUUCGCAAGAUUUCGGAGAGCGAGAGGGCGCGCUGA